AUGGGUUUACUUGUCGAAGGCAGUCCAUUAGAUUGGUCUGACGCUUUAGAAUGGUUACAACACGUUCGUACACAAGGUAUUGAUCAAUUUCUUCAUACAUACAAUCGUGUCAAGAACAUUGAAGGUGAUGAAUUGAAAUGGGGGGAUGAAUUAGAAUAUGGUGUCUUUCAUAUGGAUCAAAUGACAAAACGUGCCCGUUUAUCAUUACGGAGCCAAGAAAUCUUAAAACAAUUACAAGAUAAAGAGAAUCAAGCAAAGGAGUAUGGUUGCAAUCUUUCCAAUACACUCUCAUUUACUGGAUCUUGUCUGGAUGGAUGUAAUUGGGUACCAGAAUAUGGCUCUUGGAUGAUUGAAGGUACACCAAGUGCACCUUAUGGAGGUUUUACAAGUGAUUUAGGUAAAGUAGAAGCUAAUAUGCGUCUACGUCGUGCACGAUUACUUGCACUACUACAUCACGAUGAAAUUGCACCGUCCGUUACGGCAUUUCCAAUGAUGGGUGUUGGUGAUUUUACCAUGCCGUCCAGUCAAUCUAAUGGUCCCGUGGCUGAGUCGGAUUAUAUCAGUGAUGCUGUGAUUAAUCCACAUCCACGAUUUGCAACCUUGACGAGAAAUAUUCGUCAACGUCGUACGAGAAAAGUUGAUAUUCGUGUCCCGAUCUUUCCAGAUGUUAAUACGGAAGCAAAGCUUGAGGAAGAACAAGCAGGGGUAUCAUGGAAUGCAGAAAAGUCUCGACCAAAGUAUGAAUCAAAAAACAUGGUGUCAGUACCUACUGACUCGUUUGGCUCGGCUCCAACGUCACCUAGCUCGACGUCGAAUUCGGACGACAAUGCCGAAUCCAAGUCACCUGUGUCACAUUGUAACCUUCCAGCGCUGGAAUCGGACCACAAAGCCGAGCCGUACCCCGGCUUUAUACAUAUGGAUGCUAUGGCAUUUGGCAUGGGAAUGUGCUGCCUUCAGGUGACCUUCCAGGCCAAAAACGUCGGUGAGUCGAGACACUUGUACGACCAUUUGGGAGUUCUGUCGCCUAUUUUGUUGGCACUGACGGCGGCUACGCCUAUUCUGAAAGGUCGACUUGCCGACACAGAUGUGCGUUGGGCAACGAUUUCGGCCGCAGUAGAUGACCGGACACCUCAGGAGCUGGGGGAAGCUCCACCCCCGACAGAUUUGGAGACCAAAGCGAAGUAUGCAAAGAUGGCAGGCAACGGUAUUAAGCGUCUACCGAAGUCUCGAUACGAAGGUAUCUCGACGUUCAUUUGCAACCACAAGCAAGGUGAAGACCCACACACGCUGACAGACAAAUACAACGAUGUCGAGGUUCCGUACGAUGAGGAAUCAUACAAGACUCUCAAGGACGCUGGCGUGGACCGCCUUCUUGCGCUCCACAUCUCGCACCUGUUUAUUCGCGACCCGUUAGUUAUUUACAAACAACGCUUGCACCUGGACAAUGAGCGUGAGACGGACCACUUUGAGAACAUCCAAUCUACGAACUGGCAGACCGUGCGCUGGAAACCUCCUCCACCAGCCCCGUCAAGCACAGAGGGACCUCACAUUGGUUGGCGCACCGAGUUUCGUUCUAUGGAGAUUCAGCUCACUGACUUUGAGAACGCCGCCUUUACGGUGUUCAUCGCUCUGGUGUCGCGCGUCAUCCUCACGUUCGACCUGAACUUGUACACCCCGCUGUCCAAGGUAAAUGACAAUAUGGAGGCUGCUCACCGAGUGAACGCAGUGUUAAGCGAGAAGUUCCAUUUUCGUUGCCACAUGGCUCCACCUGAAGUCGAUGACUGUCCGUCAAAGAGUCCAUGCCACUUGCACAAAGACCCCGAUGCAUGCGAGUUAAUGACGAUUGCUGAGAUCAUGUUGGGCAAGGGUUCAUACUUCCCGGGUCUCAUCCCUCUUGUCUACGCUUACUUGGACUAUAUUGAGUGCGAUGAGGCGACAUGGACGCUUGUGGAAAAGUACAUGUCUCUGAUUGCAAAGCGUGCAACAGGCGAGUUGCCGACGGCUGCUACCUGGAUGCGUCGCUUUGUACGUGCACAUCCAGACUACCGUCAUGACUCCGUGGUGCCUCAUUCCACCGCAUUUGACCUCCUUAUCGAGUGCCAGCAAAUUGGCGAGGGAAUGAAGCAGUGUCCAGAGCUAUUGGGAGAGUUUAAGAUUCUCCCUGUGCGCGGCCAAGCGGCGUAUCGUGUGCCAUUGAAAAGUAGUGGAGUUGCUACUGAAAAGCGCCAGGCACUGCUUCAACGAUACUUGGGUCGUACUACCUCAAAUGCGUGUCAUACAUGUGGCUAA